AUGCCACCAAGAGGACACGGGAGAAGAAAGAUUGGGAAGACUUCCUCUACUGCGGGUAAAGCAUCUGCAAAAAAAUCCAUAAAGUCAUCAUCUCCAUCAAUAACGUUACAAGAAAUUCUUGAUAAUUUAGGAAUACAAUUUGAUAAAGACAUCGGAUUACUUAAUGGUGAAAGUACAAGAAUAAUACCAUCCAUAUCAACUUUAGAAUCAUUGAGGAAAUCAUUAGUGAAGCUAAAUGAUCAAUUGGAAAUUGUAUCAAAUCAUGAUGAACUCACUAUUGAACAAGUUACAAGACAAUUGAAAGUGAAUAAUGGAGAAGUACAAGAAGAUGAAGAUAUUGAAAUGGAUGAUAGUGAUGUUUUCACAGCUGAAGCAACCCCAAUACCAAAAGAUUCAGAAUCAAAAGACUUGAAGAAAGAUGAAGAAGAUGAUGUAAAGAUGGAAGAUAUUAGUUCAAGUCCUAAUAAAGAUGAAGUUGAUACAAAAGAUGAAGACAAUGAGAAAAAAGUGAAAAAAGAAGAUGAAGACGAUGAAGAUGAAGAUGAAGAUGAAGAUAAACCUCUUGCUGAUACAACACCACCACCAAGCGCAGCUGAAACCAUUACAAAAGAUGAAGAUGUGCUUGUUGAUAUACCGAAAGAUGAUUUAAAAUCAUCACCAUCAAAGAGGAAAUUAAGUCAUCAAGAAGAAAUAGAAAAUGAUCCAUCAGUUCGUAACCCAAAAUCAGAAUUUGUUACAUCUCAAACAUUACCUGCAGCUGCUAUUGCAUUAGGAUUAUUUUCAGAUAAAGAUGGUGGAUUAGAAGAAUCUGGUGAUGAAUAUCUGAAAAAAAAAUAUGCAGUUUCUUCUUACCCAAAAAAUGAUUUAAAAGAUUUAUUACCAGGUCCAAUACCUGAUAUUGAUUUUAGUAAAAGUAAACCAUCAAAUCAGGUUCAAUUUGCUACAUUUCAAAGUUUUAUUGAAAAUUUUUAUAGAAAUUUUACAGAAGAUGAUUUAAAAUUUUUGAAAAAUAAAUAUAUAAUGACUGAUGCUUUGACAAAUGAUUCAAAUUACGAUCCAAAUUUAACUCCAUAUUUAAUUCCAAAUUUGGGUCAAUUAUAUUCAUUAGUUUGGAAUGAAGAGGAAAAUUCUUCAAAUUAUUCACCACCACCAUCAAGAGUAACUCAUGAUUCAAUAUUACCAAAAAAAUCUUCAACUGAUUUGAAUGAUGAUGUAUUAGAGACUGAAGAUGUUAGUUGUGGACCUUUAGUUUCAAGAUUAUUAUCAGCUAUAUUAAAAGAUGAUAAAGGAAAUGAAAAUGGAUCUAUUGAUAAUAAUAUAACGAAUUCAAAUAAUACAACAACAACAACAACUACAAACAACAAUAACAAUAAUGAGAAAAAUGAUGAUGAUAUUACUAUAACUGCUUCAAAUACAAUAAAUAAUGAACCAAGAACAAGUACAAGUGCAUUACCUGAACAACAAGGUUGGAAAGUAUCAAGUGUUAAUGCAGAUUAUAAUUCAUUAGAAGAUAGAUUGAAAAGAGAAUUAAAAUAUAUUGGAAUUUUCAUGAAUUUAAAUUCACAAAAUGGUUCAUCAAAUAAUAAUGAAAAUAAUAAUAAUAAUAACAAUAAAGAUGAUGAUGAAGAUCAAGAACCUGAUUGGAUGAAUCCUCAAGAUGAUGAAGUUUCAACAGAGCUACGUCAAUUACAAAAUGAAUUAAAAACAGUAUCAAGAAGAAAUAAUAAAAGAAAAAAGGAAUUAUUACCAAUUAUUGAAAAUCAAUUAGCAUGGCAAGAGUAUUUAUCUAUAUUAGAUGAUUUAGAUAAACAAGUUGAUAGUGCAUAUUUGAAAAGAAUUCGUGUACCAAAACAUAAAAAAAAGAAAACUGCAUCAGGUUCAUCAUCAAAUACUCAUGGAUCAUCUGUACCACCAUCUGUUCAAAUUCAACAACAAGCUCAACAAGCACAUCAAGCUGCAGCAAAUUCUGCAAUAAAAUCAUUAUUAGAGAAAAGAAUUAGAUGGAUUAAUAGAAUUGGUCCAUUAUUUGAAAAACCUGAUGGUGGUAAUAUGAAAAGAAUACCAAAAGAAAGUGUUUUCAGUAAAGGUGAUUUAGAUGAAGAAGAAGAAGAAGAUUAUGAAGAUGGUGAAGAUUUAGUUUUACAACAACAACAAUGA